AUGACAGGUGUAAUUGUUCACAAUUUUCCAAAUCUUUUGAAGAACUGUGAGCCACAUGCAGUGUCGGUGACGCGCUUUAUACCAAACGUGAUACAGUUUGAGGACUUUAAUCCGGGUCUUGGCAGCCUUAACUACGUCCGAGCAAUGGGGAUAUGGCCCAACAAGGUUGCACCCAGACGGACAGAGACCCGCAAAUCAAUUUUCCGCUUUUUGUUGGAGAGUCAUGAGGACAUGAGCAUGGUUUACGUACCGAUAAAUAUUGAAGAAUGCUAUCUGUCCGAAAUAUGUGGAGGAGCAGAAACUGGACAAACAGGCAACGGUGUUCUCUUCCCUACUGUGACAUCGGUGUCAUGCCCUCGACAUCAUAUGCGGCCACUGCAGCCGCACCAGUCGCCAUACAACAUAGGCGUAAAACUCCUACACCGCCGCCGAAGACUACCGCGGCGCCAACUAGCACCGCCACGACCGCUACAAAUACGGAGGGAACAUCUGCAGCACAGCAACGCCGGGCCCUUCGGCAGAGAAGUCCGAUUCCUACCACAGACUUCUGAGGAAUACAGGAUUAUUCAACGCCACCUCGCCAAAGCCGCGAAUAUGCUGGUACUGUUACAUUCCUCAAAGAGCUAUCAAAGUGGGCCUAAGGGGGCUCCCUUCCGCGACCGAGCC